AUGUUUGUCCUGGGAAGGUUUUCCGGUAAGAUCAUCAACCGCUGGCCGGCCAGCCUGCUGGGCAAAAAGGGGGUGUUAUCGUCAAACACGCAAUGGCAACAGUGCGACAUGUUUGCCACUUUCUCGCCCUCUUUACUACCCGCCAGGGACGGUGGUCUGCCUGGGAGCUGCCCCCAAAUCACACGCAAACAUCACUGGGAUUACGGGCUGUGUGGGGACAACGAGGCACAGGUGCGGGACCAGCUCUGGUCCACCGCCGCAGAGAUUGUCGACUCCGCCGUAUUCUCUUCCUCAAGUGCCCGGUCAUUGUACGGUUGGACACGGUCCAUGAUCUUAGCUGGUGAAAACAACAGCAGCAACAGUAACAUCAACAUCAGCAUCGGCACUAGCAACAACGUCAACGGCAGUAACAACAGUAACAGCAGCAACAUCGACAGCAGCACAAACAUCAGCAACAACUGCAGCAACAUCAACAGCAGCAACAACCGCAACAGCAGCAUAAGCACCAGCAACAACAGCAGAAACAACAGCAACAUCAGCAGUAGCACAAGCACCAGCAACAACAGCAGAAACAACAGUAACAUCAACAGCAGCACCAGCAACAACUGCAGCAACAUCAACAGUAGAAACAACAGCAAAAAACGGCAACAUCAACAGCAGCAUAAGCACCAGCAACAACACUCUCACUAUCAACAACAGCAGUAUAGUCAGCUACAGCAGCAACGACCGCAGCAUCAACGUUAG